AAAUUGUGCUUCUUUUUUACCGAUGUUUUUUUUUUUAGCAUUGCAUUCACUUAGUUUUUAGGAACAGUUGGUUUCCGAAUAUUUGGUUUGCAAAAUAUCCGAUCACAAAAAUUCAAACUGUUCACAACUUACACAAUAAUAAGCUAUAUUACUGUGUAAGUUGAUUAAAAUGGUACAAUCUUAUGAAUUCCAUGUGACUAUUAUAUUUAACUAUAUAGUUGUUGGGCGUUCAGGGAAUUUUGAAGGAUUUUUAAGAGGAGAGUGAUCCAUUUAUGAUGAGCAAAGUUAUCACUAAUCCCGAUGAUAAAGUUCGAAGUUGUAAUAUUGUUUCUGCAAUUUUAGGCUAGUAAAUAAAAAAAUCUAGUGCCUAGAAACUGAGCAUAUAUGUAACUUUAAAUCAAAAUCAAAAUUCAUUCAUUCAUGAAGGUCAGAUUACAUUGGACAGCACCCAGUUUCGCCUACCCUUCACCGCUUCCUAAGUGUUUACAUGAUUAGUUCAUUUCUAUUCGAUUUUGACUAUUAUAAAACGAAGCUGGCUGUUAGUUGGUAUCCCAAAUAGUAAUAUUUUGAAGUGGUGCAUCACUUUAAAUGUCACUGCAGUUAUCUGUCAACUUUUGUGUUUUUCCUGGUUUCAUGGGACAAUGCAAAAUACUUAGAUAUUUUUAAUUUCAGCCCUGCCUGUCAAGCUAUUGGUCUUGCAUCUUGUGAGAGUUUUAAUGGACGCAUACACCCUUUCAUAGAAUAAGUUAUUAUAUAGUUAAGAAAAAUGUCUGGGAAGAAGUGCAAGCACUGCGGGUCCUCGGACAUCGAGGUAGACCCGGCCCGUGGUGAUGCAGUGUGUACGAACUGUGGAUCAGUGUUGGAAGACAAUAUUAUUGUAGCUGAAAUAGAGUUUCAAGAAAAUGCUCAUGGUGGUGCCUCUACCAUUGGACAGUUUGUGUCAGCAGAAUCUAAAGGAGGUGCCACAGGAUUUGGGCGAGCAUUUAACGCUGGUAUUGGCCAAGAAUCCAGAGAAGUCACAUUAAGAAAGGCUCGGGAAGGUAUCACAGCUCUCUGUCAGCAGCUGCGCCUCAACCAGCAGUGCAUAGACAUAGCCUGUAACUUUUACAAGAUGGCCCUGUCUCGUCAUCUCACUAUUGGACGGCCUUCAAGUCAUACACAGGCAGCCUGUGUUUACAUGACAUGCAGAACAGAAGGCACAGCCCAUUUACUAAUUGAUGUGAGUGAUGCUGUACCAAUAUGUUGUUAUCAACUUGGCCGCACAUAUUUCAAGCUAUCAAGAGCCCUCUGCAUCAACAUACCUCCCACAGAUCCGUGCCUGUAUAUUCUUCGUUUCUCGUCGCAGCUGCAGUUUGGGGAGAAGUCGCACGAGGUCAGCAUGACAGCACUGCGCCUCGUCCAGAGAAUGAAGAGGGACUCUAUACACUCCGGACGAAGACCUUCUGGGAUUUGUGGAGCUGCAUUGUUAAUAGCAGCGCGGCUCCACGAAUUCAACCGAACACCAUCCGAUGUGGUACGAAUAGUCAAAGUGCACGAGUCGACGCUACGCAAACGACUCCUCGAGUUUGGAGACACGCCGUCCAGUGCCCUGACUCUCGAGGAGUUCAUGACAGUGGACCUAGAGGAGGAACAAGAUCCACCGGCGUUCAGAGCAGCCAGAAAGAGGGAUAAAGAACGGUUACAGAAGUUAAUGGAAGAAGAAGACGGUGAAAGGGAGCUGACAGAUCUGCAGAAGGAGAUAGAAGCACAGCUUGAAAGAGAUGGCAAUAAAAGGAGAAAGGUGGCAGCAGUUAUCGGGACAUCCACAGCGGUCUUGGGAAUCGAUGAAACAUGUUCAGAAGACGCAGAGGCUUCAAGGUUCGCGGUAGAAGACACACUGGACCGCAUCGGGGAAAUAGCUAAAGAUGUAGAGGAUGUUCCCUCUAAAGACGACAGCAGAGUAAGAAGUGAUAAAACGAAAAUGGAAAAAGGACUUGGUCCAGACUUAGCCGUAAUAGGACUUGGAGAAAACAGCAGACAAACAGACGACAGCGACAAGUUCGUGAGACCGGAACCGAAGCAGUUCAGCAAGGACCUGCACACCGCUGAGGAGUUGGUUCUAGAGGAGAAGGACGAGGAUUACAUCAGCUCUCUGAUCAUGACCGAAGAGGAGGUACGGCAUAAAGCUAUGCUGUGGAACAAGAUCAAUGCUGGCUAUUUGAGAGAACAAAAGAUAAAAGAAGAACUUCGGGCUAAAGAGAAGGAAGAAAAUAAGGACAAAAAAAAGAAAUUGCGUGGUUCCUAUAAAAAGAGAACUCCGUGUAACGCUGCGACUGCUGGAGAGGCCAUCGAAAAGAUGAUAGCCGAGAAAAAGAUUAGCUCCAAGAUCAACUAUGAUAUUCUGAAGAGUUUAGACCACCCAGGGACGCCGUUACCACCUACGCCGAAGGAAACUGUUGUCGCUGAGAAGAGACCUCCGCCGACGCCUAAGAGAACAGUUCCAGCAUCGCCAGUGCCGGCGUCCCCAGCGCCACGCAAGCGCAAGAAGAAAACUCCCGCCACCCCCGCCACCCCCGCCACCCCCGCGGCCGCCGCCUCCCCCGCUCCCUCUCCUGCGCGCGCGCCGCCUACGCCGCAAGCUCCCAGCACGCCUGCUGCCGUUAUUGAUAUCGCGGACGACUACGAUGAUGAAAUCGAAGCGGAGGCAACAGAUAUGACUGGGGAACUAUCCCUGGCCGCUAUGCUGCAAAAUGGAGAAGACGACGAUUAUUACGAUUAUGAGGAAUAUUGAUACAUGUAUAGAAGUAAGGGACGGUAGCCAUCACCCCUCAGCGGGAGUACGUAUCUUUCAGAAGCAAUAAACAGCAAAAUGAGCACAGUUAUUGUCUGAAGCAAUAAAUUGAGCAUAAAAUUUCUAUGAUAGUUUCGAAAUUCAGAUAUGUCAAUAUUGGAAAUACCAAAUAUUUCAUUGCAUUUCACACUCAUUGCGUUACCUUAGGCUUGCUGACAUCAUUCAAACUGCAAUCAUUCAAAAAAUUUACUUAAAAUAGUAAAAAUAGGUGAUGUGGUAAAUUUAAAUAUGGAGACGAAUCUUUUCUUUGUUUCGUGAGUUAACGUACUACCAGUUGUCAAAGUUCUAGCCAGCAAAAGGCUCAACAACGGUGGGCUGGUUUCCUCACAGAUGUUUUAAAUUACCAAGUGUUAAAUUUUAUAAUAUGAACGUUAAUAAGAAAAGACAAUUGUAGUUGUUGGUAUCCGAACCUACGACCUUUGACUUGGCGAUUCAACUAUUCUAUCACUAGGCUAUUACUCUGCUAUUUUCAUUUCAUUUAAUUACAAAUAUAAAUACGACAAAUUACAAAAAAAACAACAACUGUUCGAUGU